CUUUAAAUCCCAAAAUUCACACACCCCCCUUCAACUCAUAUUUUCAAGCUUCAAUCACCAAACAUCAUCUAAUCUUUUCUUAUUUUAAAACGUUUUUGAGUUCCGAAUCGAAUCGAAUGCAAAAAAUGGGUAUUCCCGAUGACGUCGGUGACGUCAGCGACGGGUUACCGGAGAGUACCAGCCGUCGUUCCGACUCCGAGGUUUUUGGAACCGACAGAAAGGCGUUCAGCGGGCCGUUAAACAAGCGAGGAACUCGCAAAAGUGCACGAUUUAAUGUUCCCGAUGAUGCCGGUAGUAGCAUCGCGAGUGGAAGUUUGCGGUCGAAAAACGACGAUGAUGAGUACGUGGAAGUUACGUUAGAUGUCGGCGAUGAUUCGGUUGCGGUCCACAGUGUGAAGACUGCGGGUGGCGCUGACGUGGAGGACCCAGAGUUGGCUUUGUUGGCUAAAGGGUUGGGAAAGAGGAGUUCUUUGGGCGCGUCCAUGGUGAGGAACGCGUCCUCCAAAAUCCGCCAGGUGUCCGAAGAGCUUAGAAAAAUGACUACGUCGUUUUCUAGACGGACACCUGUCGGACGGUAUGACAGGAGUAAGUCCGCGGCCACUCAUGCUCUUAUUGGGCUGAAGUUCAUCAGUAAAACUGAUGGGGCGGCCGCUUGGGCCGCCCUUGAGAAGCGGUUUGAUGAUCUCACCGCGGGUACUAACGGUUUACUUCCCCGGGCACUUUUUGGAGAAUGCAUUGGGAUGAACAAGGAUUCGAAAGACUUUGCCGGAGAACUCUUCGAUGCACUUAGCCGCAGACGGAAUAUCACCGGAGCCGUGAUUAACAAAGCUCAGUUAAAGGAGUUUUGGGACCAAAUUGCUGAUCAAAGUUUUGAUUCAAGGCUCCAAACUUUCUUUGACAUGGUUGAUAAAGAUGCGGAUGGCCGAAUCAGUGAAGAGGAAGUUCGAGAGAUUAUAAGCUUGAGUGCUUCGGCAAACAAGUUAUCAAAAAUACAAACACAAGCAGAUGAAUAUGCGGCAUUGAUCAUGGAAGAAUUGGACCCGGACAACCUUGGUUACAUCAUGAUUGAGAGCUUGGAGACCCUUUUACUGCAAUCGCCGACACAAACAGUGAGAGGCGAAAGCAAAAAUCUGAGCAUUAUGUUGAGCCAAAAGCUCAGAAAUGUGACCGAUAGGAACAUUAUACAACGCGGGUAUGAUGGGUUUAAGUACUUUUUACAAGACAACUGGCAAAGAGUUUGGGUGAUUGCACUUUGGAUUGGGGCGAUGGCGGGUUUGUUUACUUGGAAAUAUAUUCAGUACAAAAAUCGCGCUGCGUUUGAUGUAAUGGGGCACUGUGUUUGUGUCGCUAAAGGUGCGGCUGAGACGCUUAAGUUAAACAUGGCUUUGAUUUUGUUACCCGUGUGUCGAAACACCAUCACUUGGCUUAGGAACAAGACCAAACUUGGCGUUGUGGUUCCCUUUGAUGAUAAUCUCAAUUUCCACAAAGUGAUCGCUGUCGGGAUCAUGAUUGGAGUCGGGCUCCAUGCGAUUUCGCAUUUAGCGUGUGAUUUCCCUCGACUUCUUAGUGCAACCGAAGAGGAGUAUGAACCAAUGGUUCAAUAUUUCGGGGAACAACCCGAUAGCUAUUGGCAUUUUGUGAAGGAAGCAGAAGGGUAUACCGGGAUCACGAUGGUGGUUUUAAUGGCAAUAGCCUUUACUUUAGCGACCCCGUGGCUAAGGCGUGGUAGACUGAACCUACCAAAACCGCUAAAGAAACUCACGGGUUUUAACGCCUUUUGGUACUCGCACCACCUAUUCAUUAUUGUUUAUACUUUGCUCAUAGUUCACGGGAUCAAACUUUACCUCACGAAAGAAUGGUACAAGAAGACGACUUGGAUGUACUUGGCGGUUCCGAUUUUGCUUUAUAUGUGUGAGAGGUUAAUCCGGGCGUUAAGAUCUAGCGUCAAGCCUGUUCAGAUAUUAAAGGUGGCUGUUUACCCGGGAAACGUGUUGGCACUUCACAUGUCGAAGCCUCAUGGCUUUAAAUACAAAAGUGGGCAGUACAUGUUUGUGAACUGCAAGGCGGUUUCUCCAUUUGAAUGGCACCCGUUUUCGAUAACUUCAGCACCAGGAGAUGACUACUUAAGUGUGCAUAUCCGAACCCUCGGUGACUGGACCCGACAACUAAAAACGGUCUUCUCUCAGGUAUGCCAACCACCAGCUAACGGUAAAAGUGGACUCCUAAGAGCUGAUAACCAAGGAGACAACCCGAGUUUCCCAAAGGUUCUAAUCGACGGGCCAUAUGGUGCACCAGCACAAGACUACAAGAAAUAUGAUGUAGUGUUGUUGGUCGGGUUAGGCAUCGGUGCAACCCCUAUGAUCAGUAUCGUUAAAGACAUCGUGAACAACAUGAAAGCGAACCAAGAGGAAGACGAGGCUUUGGAGAGCGGCAACAACAACGCAAUGCCGCCAAUGUCACCACAGUCGAAAAAGAACUCCGCGAGCAACUUCAAGACAACACGGGCUUACUUCUAUUGGGUCACAAGGGAACAAGGGUCAUUUGAUUGGUUUAAAGGGGUGAUGAACGAGGUUGCGGAAAUUGAUCACGAUGGUGUGAUCGAGAUGCAUAACUAUUGCACAAGUGUCUACGAAGAAGGUGAUGCUAGAUCCGCUUUGAUCACGAUGCUUCAGUCGCUAAAUCAUGCCAAAAAUGGUGUUGAUGUAAUUUCGGGUACUCGGGUCAAGUCUCACUUUGCAAAGCCCAAUUGGAGAAGCGUUUAUAAGCGGAUUGCUCUUACUCACAACGCUCAACGUAUAGGGGUAUUUUAUUGUGGAGCACCAGCGCCAGUCAAAGAGUUGAAACAACUUGCUGCUGACUUUUCUCACAAGACUAGCACCAAAUUUGACUUUCACAAGGAGAACUUUUAACUUUAGAGAUAAUUUAAUCAUUUAUUAAAUAAAAUUAUUUUAAUUGUUGAAAUUUGUAUGUAUGACCCAAUUCGGACCUAGUAUCUCGUGACCUUUAUGGUGUAACGGUAUAUAGAGACCAAUAAGAGUUACGUUCA